AAUGGUAAUUUACAGACGAAAGUAUCGGCGAAGAGGAGGGAUUGGGUGCUCUGUUUAAGUGAGAUUGAGGAGGUUCUCCCACUUGUAAAUUGAGAUGGUUCCUCCUGUAAUUUAUACGUAUGCGCGAAGGAGAAGUCGGAGACUUGGGAGCGACGAUGAUAGUUCAGUGAUGAUGACUCCUCGGAGACCCGACUCCGAUAUUAUUGAGGUAUGUGAUGAGAAUCGCUCGAUUAGUUUAUUUGAGGAUGGGGAGGACUAUGAUGAUCGAAUUCGAGUUUUGGGUUGCAUUGCUGAGACUGAAACUCGACAUGGUUCAAGUAAUUUGCUUCUUCAAUGUCAUGAUGAUGUUUGUUGCCUCGACAAGGAGAAGAGCGAUAGCUUUGUUUCAUCUAGUAGAAGAAAUUUGGAUGAUUUUUUAUCUGGGUGCUCUUAUAAGGGUGUGAGGACUAGGAAAAGAGAUGCAUUUGGAAGUGAAACAAAGAGUAAUCUUGUUUCUCCUCAAAUUGAUGUUGAUGAUGUUGUUUCUGAAUCUCAUGCUGGUGUAAGAAGAGUUUCUCCAUACUUCCAGGGGUCUACUGUGUCACAACAGUCCAAAGAAGGGUGUGAUUCUCAUAGUGUUUCCUCUCAAAGUGGAAGAAAUUGUAGGAAAAGAUGCAGCAGAGUUCAAGCUAAAGUCCCUAGAGUUUCUCCAUACUUCCAGGCAUCUGCUAUUUCACAGUGUGAUUCUGACAUUGUUUCUUCUCAAAGUGGAGGAAGUUAUAGGAGAGAUAGCAGCAAACAUCAAGCUAAGGUCAGAAGAGUUUCCCGUUAUUUCCAGGCGUCAGCUGAUUCAGAACAGCCAAACCCGCCAAGGGAUUUGCGCAAGUAUUUUAAAGUUGUGAAAGUUUCAAGAUAUUUCCAUGAUGUGUCUGCGGAUGGAAUUCAAGUUGCUGAUUCACAAAAGGAGAAAUCUAGGAGGGUGAGGAAAACUCCCGUUGUGAGCCCUUCACUAUCGCCUUCUCAGAAGACGGAUGAGGCAUACCUGCGCAAAACGCCAGAUAACACAUGGGUGCCUCCACGCUCUCCGUGUAAUUUACUUCAAGAAGAUCAUUGGCAUGAUCCAUGGCGGGUGCUAGUUAUAUGUAUGCUUCUCAACAAAACAUCUGGUGCACAGACGCGGGGAGUGAUAUCAGACUUGUUCACAUUGUGUCCUGAUGCAAAGACUGCAACAGAAGUUGAAGAAAAGGAGAUAGAGAGUCUAAUAAAACCUCUCGGACUACAAAAGAAGAGAGCCAAAAUGAUUCAACGGUUUUCUCUCGAGUAUCUUAAUGAGAGCUGGACUCAUGUCACUCAACUGCAUGGCAUUGGAAAGUAUGCAGCGGAUGCGUAUGCGAUAUUCUGUAACGGGAACUGGGAUCGCGUGAAGCCUAGUGACCAUAUGCUAAACUAUUACUGGGAAUUCCUCAGGAUCCGGUAUAAACUAUGAGUGGGAAGGUACAAGUACAUAUUGUGCUAAUAUUGCUAGUUAUCUUUGUUCUGUCUUUUCUUGUCAAUGUCACCAAUGUUUAAAAGCUGUAAAUGAAAUAUUAUUUUAUAUACAUCUAGUUUGUUUAUUUAAAAUUGCAAUGUGUUUUGGGUAUCA